UAAAUAUAAUUUAGAAAAAACAAAAACAGAGAUCCCCGCAUAACCAAGAUCACUUGGAGACGUUAAAAAUAUUAAAAUUGUGGCAAUUUAAAGAAAAGUUGCAAUAAUGAAGAAAGUGCUUUUAACAAAAUCCAAACAAAUUCAAGUGACGGGUACGGUUACAGAUCUUAUAAGAAAACACACGAUCGGUGUAGUGGCCACAACCCCUACAAUAUCAAGCUCAACUGGCCUUCGGGAUAUAUAUAAGCCUAAUAAUGGAACAAAUACGUACAUGCAAAGAAAGUCCUUUCAGUCCAUUUACGAGGACAUGUUCAAAUUACUCAUGCGUCUGCCAGAUAAAGCUCUACAACAACGCGUUAUCGACGCUAUCAAUGGUCGCAGUGAUAAGUCCGCUAAUCAGUGUAAACAGUGCGCCUGUAAAAUUCCCCCCAAAAUUAGUGUAUCAACACAAACCGAGGUGCUAGAUUUGAAAGAUUUUCUUCAGAAAUCUGAUGAUAUAAAAGUUAAGAAGGAUGAAGAGCAAAAACCUAAGUUACCCGCUCCAGCGACUGGACUAGCAGCUAGUAGCGCGACUUCUACCAGCGAACCCGUAAAGGUGGUGCGCAAGCGUGGCCGCAAGCGCAACACCUCUGUGCCACAGGUGGUGAAACGAUCGGCAGCUGAAAUGGCCCUGCAGGAGCGCGAGGAUAAGCAGCUAACACCCUUACCAGCAGUAAAAAAAAAAAAACAAGAAUCAGCCAAACCUCCUCCCACUUCCACUCCAAGCAAUUGCUCUACUCCACGAACGAGUCUAGAGCAACGCAGGGAUUCUGUUUCAUCAAAUUACUCAAGCUGUCUGGGCGAAAUUAAUCUGCUUGAUAUGUACAAUCAAGUAGAUAACUACAUCAAUAAUGACAAUGAGCAUACUAUAAUUUCAACCAUGGCCAAUGAGUUUCAACGCGCUGAUAUUAUGUCCGAAUCUGGUCUACUACCAAUUCACGAUGCUAUACUUAUGGGCGAUUCACACUACGUGCAACGUCAGCUCAUUGUAUGGUCUAAGCUAAAGAAUCUGAAAGAUCUGAGUGAGCUACUCAGCGCCGACGGCGAAGACUGCAUGCAAUUGGCCAUUACUAAUAACAGCGCACCAGAGAUUGUCGAAAUUCUGCUCAAGGCUGGACUGUUACCCAAUCAUAUAUAUGAGGAAUCCAAUACGGCACUGCAUUUGGCCAUCAUUAACAAUGUACAGCUCGAAUCUCUACGCCAUCUUAUGCAUGUUAUUGACCUCAAUCUUGUCUUGCAAAUGAAUGACGAUGGAUAUACAGCGCUCCACAUUGCAGCACGUCAUAAUCAUUAUAAAUUGGCCGAGGUUAUAUGCGAUGUUAUAGAUGAACGGCAGCUCGGUAGGCCUGUCUACUUGCGUGACACCAAAGACUUGUCCUCUCUGGAGUCAAGCAUGGAUGAGAAAAAGUUCGCCAAGUACUAUGAACAUGCCUGUGAUAGGCUGGAGCACAACAAAACCAAAUUAAUGGGACGCUCUCUUAAGCGUGAGGUCAUAAACGGCACAGAAGCGCGCGCGGGGAAUACGCCACUCUAUUAUGCCAUUGAGGGAGAGCUGGAGCAUAUGUGUUAUUUCUUGCUUGCACAUCUUAGCGAUCCCGACGAAGAGAAUCUUAGCGGUCAUAGUCCGAAGUCGUAUCAUUAUGAAUUCGCGCGUGUUCUGCGUAUAAAUCUAAAGAUCGCACGCAUUAUGGAUAAAGUAACAAGCAUACUUAAUGGCACCACUUCAACGAGCACAGUUUAAGAUGUUUAGUCUUAUAUUUAAUUUAACACACAAGUUAUUUAACCCCACUUUGUUGUCCAAUCGGUUUGUAAAAGCUUGGCCAGCUGUAAAGGCUCUAGGGAAGGGGGCAAUCGUCUGAUUUUCUUUUUGUUCCUGUUGCGUUUUCGCUUGUUUUUAGCUGUAAAUGGUUUAGCACAUUGAUUAAUAAAUUUGAUUUAAUUAUUGUA